CCAUGCAGCAUGCAUCUGAAUUAACUGCUAACUAGCCAUGCAGUAUGUGGAUUCAAUAUGUGACCAGUAUUAAACAGGUUCAGGUGGCAACCCAAGCCCCAAGAUAUUGGAAGUGAAUGAAGGAAGGAAACCGGCAUUCAGGGAAAAGAGGAACUUAACCAGAAAUGAGUGGGCGCUACACCCAUGCUGUGGUAAGGGGAGUCCCCUCCUCCCUGGCAAAAGAAGCAAAUGGACAGGUAGACCUGGCACGGGCACAGCGUGAGAAUGGAGUCUACUGUGGCAUUCUGAGACAGAAGCUUGGGCUGCAGGUGGUGGAGUUGCCCCCCAAUGAGGAACUACCCCAGGGCCAGUUGAUAGGGGACACGGCUGUAGUGAUAGCAGAUACAGCCCUUAUCACCCGCCCAUGGAUACCUGCAAGGAGGAAAGAGACUGAAGGCCUGCAAAAAAUCUUUGAGGAGCUGAAAUUCCGAGUCUGCGAACUAAAUGAUGAAAAUGCCACACUGGAUGCAAGUGAUAUACUAUUCACAGGUUCAGAGAUUUUUGUAGGCUUGUCUAAAUGGACCAAUCUUAGAGGUGCUGAGAUGGUGGCAAAGACCUACCAGGAUUAUGCUGUUUCAACUGUUCCAGUGUCUGGAGACUUGCACCUUAAAAGCUUCUGCAGUAUGGGGGGUCCUGAUACUCUGGUCAUAGGGAGUAGUGAUACAGCUAAAAAGGCAUUGAAGACCAUGGAACAGCUGACUGAUCAUCACUACGAGACUCUUACUGUUCCAGAUGAUCCAGCAGCAAAUUGCAUCUAUGCUCGUGUGGGGCCCAAAUCCAAUGUCUUAAUUCACCGCAGCGUGGACGAGUACCCCAACAGUGCUCAGGUAUUUCAGAAACUGACCGAUUACACUCUUGUCCCGGCAACUUGCACAGAAUUGUCCAAGAUUGGAGGCUUCCUGACUUCUUGCUCUAUAUUGAUAAAUCGCAAGCUAGAAAUCUAAUUUGUGAGCCAUAUUCUGCCAAUUACCUUACCGACUGGAGCCCUGUGUAUAGAGGCUGACUUGCUUCUCGUGUGGGUGUAUAUGCACUCUCUCUACAUAUCUCUUUGUGCAAACUUAGAACUGUGGUUUAUAUACAAUACAUGCGCUUCUGUAGAAUAAUGGUAUACACCCGCACAAAAGACCGAGGCUGCCUGAAGAUUUUAUUAUUUUUCUGUAUCAUUUUCCCAAUGAAUUUUUUGAAUUUGAGGAACCACAAAUAAAACUGACAGGAUUUUUGUAUUCUUGCAAGUUUUGAGCUGUGAAUUAUUUGAAGAAGAGUGCAAAGAUAAAUCAUAUUGUUAUCCUGCAACCCAAUAAGUUGGUUACUACUGACCAAUGAAGCUGUAAGUCUAUUUGUUGAUCAGCUGGCUUUUGGAUGUGUGCAGAAUAAGUCUGCCAAAAGGUGGGCUUAAAGGGGUAGUUCAUCUGUAAAUUCAGUUGCAAAGAAUAGGACAUUCUAUACCGUUCUAAAGGAACUUUAAGUUGAACUAUCCCUUUAAAGAAAUACAGACUCUUUCUAGACACUCCAGUUAUCAGCAUUGUUAUGUGUAAUCUUCUUUAAUGCUUUAAUAUGUUAUAGCCACUAGAGGGAGACCUCACAAGAUUUUAUCUGUAGUGCAAUAUUCUGCUAAUUGAUCUUAAUUUCAUACUAUAUUGUUAAGCAUUCCUUCAUAUCUAAUAUUCUGCAGUAUUCAGCUGAUGCAUACCUUAUAUCACCCUUCAGUGGGAAAGUGUACAGUUGUUCAAUUCCCAACACUUUCUGGUGCUAAAUUACUUUGUUUUCCAAUGCAAUUGUGCAAUUGUAGCAUUCCCUGCCACUACCUCCACCUUCCAUUUUACUGUACCUCACUUUGCAACAAUUAGUAAAGAAAAUCAUCUCUUCAGAAUAAGUCAGGUAGAAAUAGCCUUAAAACCUAUUAAGACCUAUUGUUGCCCAGAAUUGUAACAAAAUAUACAGCAGAUCCGGCAGCUGCUGAGGAUUCCAGGGGGUAUGAUGUGGGUCCUUAAGGGUUUUCAAUCUUUAUCUGUGCAAAACAAAUCCAUUUUUUUUGCAGGGCUCUGUAUGAUUCAGUGAUGCCACUGGUAUUGACCAUGGUUGGACUCGAUCAUCUAAAUAACAAAAGCCACAUGGUUCACUGCAGUAAUAAAUCAAACUCCCUAAUAACAGUGCGGGUUCAGAUGUAUCACCGUGAGCCUUCAUUGUAAGAGUAGUUCAACUAUAAUUGGGCUCACCAGGAAGUGUGUUUUUUUUUUUUUUUUAAGCAGUGAUUAGCCUUAUUUGUGUCCCAAAUAGGCCAAUAUAUCCAUAGACUUGCAUAUGGACUUUACAUAGCAUAGUGACAGAGCUGGGAGGGCAGGUUCAUUUUAGAGUGAGGUGACCUGGCAGAACUAAUAUAAACCCCAGUGAGAGCUAGACUCGAGCUUAAUGUACAGUAUUUGAUCAGUUCCAAUCCCAUCUAGUAUCUCUUCCAUUUUAUUUUGAUUAACUCCUCAUGUCAUCCAUCCACUUUACCUUAUAGGAGAUGUUCCACCAGAUAAAAAUAGAGUACCUUUGUUAUCAGUAAAUAUAAUUCAGAUGUGUAUAUAGUCAUGAUUUGUUUUACAGACUUAUCAAUGUUUCCUCCACAUUUAUAUGACCCAUGGCUAUAGCAGCUAGUAAUACCAGGAAUGGGCAACCUGUAGCCAUACAGAUGUUGAGCUACAGCAUCCCACUGCCAUCUUAUAACUGAUAAGGGAUGCCUAGGAUUGUGGUUUAAAAGACACUAGAAAUACUUGUGUUGCUUCUACCAGACCUAGAGAGUGAGGUUUGCCAAGGUAAAGUGAUUUUCAAAAUAAACUUUAGGAAUAUUUGUGUUAGCAUGUUCUAGUUUGGUGGAACAUUCCUAUUAAUAACAUUUCCUCUUAUUUCUCUUUUGUCCAUAAACAAAGCAACUUUUUCUUACUGGGGAAUUGGGGGUGAUUGUUUUAUAUCCCUCUAAAUUUUCAAAUAAACUACUUAAAACAA